UCUUCCAAACGUGGUGAGCAAGGAUUCCCAUUUCCGGAUCAUGGGCCCUCGCUGCGUCAGCAGUGAUGGGCCUUCAAAGCUGGGACCAUACUUACGCAGGCCCAAGAGACCCAAUCCGUCAGGCCCAUUAAGGUAAGCCCAUCAUGCCCAAUAUUUUAUCAUCUUCAGUUGCCCCCUUCACCCCAAUGAUCCGUCAUCUUUAAGGACAAAGGAUCAAUGGGGUGACGGUCCUUAUGUAUGGCUAUGACGGAUUCAUGCAGAAUAGGAUGACGGUCCCAGAUGGAUCAACUCGUCAAAGGAAGAAUCAUCAAGUUGACGGUUACAUGACGGGUACAAAUCUGUUGAAAACAUUUGUCAGAGCGAAGCCGUCAACCUUGUCAGAGAAAUCCGUCGAGGACGAAUAUUUGCUGAUUACACCAACCGUCACCUAUCCUCUGCUAAGUUCGGUAGACGGCGCCCACAAGUCAGCCUUGAGGAGUUUAGUUUCCUUGAAAAGAUUUGCAGGAAAACUGCGCCGGAGGAAAGGACUUGGGCUAAGUUGGUGAACCCAAGGACCAUACAUUGGUACUGUGACGGUCCUGAGCCCACCCAAGAAGCAAUUAGAUACGACGAACGAGUUC